CAAAUUUAGCAGGUGCCGCCUAAAAACUCUAAAUUCACCGGGGUUUCUUGCUGUUUGGAGCUUUUACAAUAACUAGCAAUUGCACCAGUAUUUAGCGCUUACUUUACUUUCUGGAUUUAUGAGUGUAUACUAGCUUUUUGCUCCUACCUUUGUGUUCGUUUGCAUAAAUCACCAACGAAAUCAUAGAAUAGUUUGGCGAGUAUUCUUUACUAACUUACGGUGGGUAUAUUUAUGAAAAAAAAUCCUGACGCGGUGUCUUGAUUUUUCUGGUUCUCUUUUUGUUUCGGUUUUGGUCUGUGGAUUGCUUGCAUACUCUAGUCAAAAGAUUUCUGUUUGCUUAUUGUCUUAAUUUUUUCCUCUCUUAUUCGAUUUUUGUUUGAAAAGUUCUCUGUUAUCCUUGCUAAAGAGGACUCCUUUCGCUUUAAACCAUGGCUGAAGUUGAUGAUCAAACCUGUUUUGAGAAGCUUGUCCUCUAUAAAAAUGCACAGCAUUGGUUUUGCUCUGGAUUGCUUGACCAGUAUCUUCGCCCAAUCUUCUUAUGGAUGGCGAAGCAACCAUCACCAUGCUUUGAAUGGGUCUUAAAGUGUUAUAAUGAGCGCUUGUGCUCUUGUACAUCUUGUAUUCAAUCAUUUUAUCACUUGCGGGAUGAAUCUUUGGCAAAAUUUUCAUAUCAUUAUUCUGGCGUUUCUUUGGCAAACCUCGAAAGACAAUGGGACGAGUGGAUGCUUAAUUGUACACUUUCUAACUUUAAGAAGGUUGAAGAGACAAUACUAGAUUUUACUGUUCUACCUUCUUUGGUGUACAAUGUCUUCUUGAAUCCUCGUCUUCUGAAAGACCACGAGGCAUACACCCAAGCGUUAAGUGGAUUUGUUGAUCUCGUUUCGGAUUGGUCUUCUGAUACUUUUCUGCCAGGGUUUCUUGUCAUUUUUUUUGAGGAAUCUCAUUCUCAAAUCCAUGAAUAUAUUAUCGAUUUCCUCAAGACAACAGAAAACUUUCACGUGACACCUGAAGUUUUUGACAAUAUUUUUUCUUUAAUUUUGUAUCAGCGUACAAACGAAGAUAAAUCUUCUCUUCUUUCACCAUGCUCUGCUGAAUUUUGGAAGCGUGCUUCUGCACUCUUUCAGCUACUGCCACUCAACUGUGUCACGGCUUUAUGUGAAUCUCAUUUCCGUGACUUUUUUAUUUCUCAACUCGAGCAUGAGGCUUUUUCAGACGAGAAAUUUGCUUGUCUAAGAGUUUUUUCCAACUCUCCUUCCUUUUGGCUCGCAUCUGACAUUUUUGAUCAGUUAGAGAACUAUUUAAAAAAAUUGUUAACCAAUGUUACAAUUGUCGAAAACGUUAAUGCCUCAGUGUGUGGAUGGGCUUAUGUGUUGGCUUCAUUAUUUAGAUUUUGUUUGAACGAUUUUGUCUUGGUCUUCCCUUCUUGGCUGGAAACCUUUGUUCAAGACAAAAAGGUUGUCGAUUUUAUCAUCUAUGCUUCAUUUUAUGCACUCUUUGAUCUUCUUUCUUUAGACAAUAGCUCACCGCAUUCUCUCAACGAAGUUUUGUCGAUGAUUGACAAGAAAAAUAUCAGUUUUUUUAGUGAAGAGUCUGAUUAUUUGCAAAAACUCAAAUUUCGAUCUUUACUUUACGAUAUUUUAUUCGUUAGUUGGGCUCACAAAGCUCUAACCAGAGAUCCUUCAUUUAUCUUUGAUCCAACCUAUAAGGUCUCUCCUUUUUGGAAUUCAGAUGUUGUGAAGGAUGUGAAUUUUACAAAUCGAUUUUUUGAAGGACUGUCAACCUGCUAUUUUGUUCAUGACAUUGAGCUUUCAGAAUCAACCACGCCCGAAAAGUCUGUGGUUUUGUUUUCAGAAAUUUGGCAAACUAUAUCAAGCCAUAUAAGCUCAUUCUUACGAUCCUUUUCGCAAAAGGACCCUUCAGAAGUAGCUAAUUACAUGCAAAAUGACUUUAUUUUUGAUACCCUGUUAGGAUUCUUGCUAUCACCAUCUCAACAACUUUAUGUCGACACUUUCCGUAUUUUCCAAGUGUUUUUUGGAAACGUAAAAAAUAAGAAUGAAGUGAUGAAGAAGCUUAUAGAAAAUCAUUUUCGUGGCAUAGUUCACGGCUUGGUUGAUGCAACCCUUCAUUGGCAGUCGGCCUUCACCUUUUUUCCUGCUCUUCGAAUAAUGCGUUUUGUCAGCACUGUUAACAAAUUAUUCUCAACUGAUAAUGAAGUUUGGAGAGAAAAUGAUUUAUCAAGUUUAGGCGCCUAUUGGCAAUGUGUUUGGAAUAUUUUAGACCUCGUUCACUCCAAUGUUGCGAGGUGGUCCCUGUGUAAUUCUAACGAUACCGUAAAAGCAUCAAUGAAGCUUGCCUUAAAGUUAAUCACAGACCUUUUUCAGAAUGAUGGACUUUUCAUCAAGUUCCUUGCCAAAUUCGAUGGUUUAGUGUUACUUGGUGAAACAAGUGAUGCUCUAUUUUCGUUAACUACCUGGCUUAAAAUUAAUGAUUUAGAAUUGAGAGAGCAGGUUAUCGGAAGUUUGUGUAUGCUUUUUGUAAAGUAUUCGAACUUUGACUAUCUUUUUGAAGAUCGCACUAUAAACUUCUUAACUGAAUUUAUCAUUAGAAAGCAGAAAGCGCAUCUUUCUGCUGACCAAUGCAAGCGCCUUGCAGAGGUGAUCGCUCAAGCAAGUCCUGAGGCUAAAAACAUCUUGGAUCAAAAUCGCCUUGCAGAAGCCCGUAAGAGUAAGAAACAAACAGAAUUGGUUAGUGGUACCCAAUUCAACAAGAAACCAGAACCACAAAUGAGGGAAAAGAUUCAAAAUGUUUCUGUUCCAGCUGACAAGAAAGCUCCUACUCCUCGUAUGAAAAUGUUGGACCAAUUACGACAAGAAUACAUUGCACGUCGUGCUGGACACUUUGCUGCACGAGACGCUGCUGUGUCGUCUAGAAAGGCAACAUUUGAAAACCAAAAGCCCCCUACCAAUUUAUUGACUGAAGAAGAUUCUGACAACGAGGAAGUUGAUGAGAGCGAUAGAAAAGAAGGAUUGUUUUCACUGGCUAAGGCUAACAAAGUACCUGAAAUUCGUCAAACAGAGCGCAGACAAAUACAACUGUUGUCUACUCCCAGAAGUCAGUUACAUCCUUCUCAAGCUCGAAUGCUAUCCAAUCGAAGUGCGGCUAAUACGAAAGCUCGUCUAUUUCCCAACAUGUCUGAUUUUUAUAAUGAAAUUUUAUCAUGGGAUCCCAAUUACGAUGCUGCUUCUCCAAUACUGAAAUAUCAUAAAUCUGAAGGAAAAAUUGCUGAUACUUUCAGAAAUAUUGAGCAAUAUAUGGAUGUUUUGCAGCCUAUGAUUUUUAUGGAAUGCUGGAGUCAAAUUCAAGCUACUAAGAAGAACCUGAAAUUUUCACCUGUAGAGGGUAUUAUGAUUCAGAGAACGGCUGUGAAUAAUUUUGUCGACAUUGGAAUUUCAGUAGCCCCCAAAGAUUUGUAUGGCUAUCCACUUUUCGAUACUGAAAUUGUCUCUCUAGCCUUUUCAAGAGAAGAAGCAUUUUCUAUGAAGGGUCUGUGUUGUUUUGCUAAAAUCGAAAAACUCGUUCGGCAAGAAAACGGUACCUUAGUAGUUGUGAGAACUCUUCCAACUUUGGAAAUGUUAAACAAGCUUCAAGGAAACAUUCCUUUAUAUUUCUUGAAGCUAACGAAUUUGUCUACAUUCACUAGACAGUAUGCUGCAAUUCGAGGGCUGCCAUAUUACCACCUGUUAGAUGAUAUUGUUCAAGGAAAGCCUUGUUCGCAACCGAUUAAACAUUCUUCUAGCGAAGUUAAAGGAGCCAUGAGUCGUUAUCAAGUCAAUGAACCACAGGCGAAAGCAAUCUUAUCUUCUCUUGACAAUAGUGGUUUUACCUUAAUUCAAGGUCCUCCUGGUACAGGUAAAACAAAGACUAUUAUAGGUAUCAUCACGGCUUUAUUAGUUGAUUUAAACCGUUAUCAUAUUUCACGCCCCGGCGGUCAAAGUAGUACUGAGCCUAAGCAACAGAUGUUGUUAUGUGCUCCCAGUAACGCCGCUGUCGAUGAAGUUUUACUUCGGUUGAAACGUGGUUUUACCCUUAGCAAUGGAGAACAUUAUGUUCCAAAAGUUGUUCGUAUUGGUAACCCUGAAACAAUUAACGUCGCUGUUCGAGACACUUCAUUAGAAUAUCAGACAGAAAAGCAACUUCUUGAAGUCAAUCAGGGAGCGGUAGAUCUAGGAUCCCUUCAGGAACUUACACGUUGGCGCGAUGUUUUUUAUAACUGUAUACAAAAAAUUGAGGAUCUUGAAAAGCAAAUAGAUGUUGCAAGAGAUAUGGAAGAAGAUACGAAGGCGUUGGGUCGAGAUUUGCAGAACAGCAUUAAUGAAAAGAACUUAGCCGAACAGAAAAUUGAAGAGUUUCAAAGUCAGAGCUUUACGAAAAACAAGGAGGUCGAUCAUCUACGCAAAAAGGCUCAGAAAGCUAUUUUGAAACAAGCGGAUGUUGUUUGUGCAACUUUAUCUGGUAGUGGUCAUGAUUUGGUCGGGCACAGUUUUCUGAACUUUUCAACUGUUAUUAUCGACGAGGCAGCACAAGCUGUAGAAUUGGAUACUAUCAUACCGUUACGUUAUGGUGCUAAAAAAUGUAUUCUUGUUGGUGAUCCUAAUCAGUUACCACCGACGGUCCUAAAUCAGAAGGCUGCCAGUUAUAAUUACUCUCAGUCUUUGUUUGUUCGUAUUCAGAAAAAUUACACUGAUCAGAUGUGUUUAUUGAGCAUUCAAUACCGUAUGCAUCCACAUAUUAGUUACUUCCCUAGUAUGAAGUUUUAUGAAUCUCGUCUGAAAGACGGAGAGGGUAUGGCUGAAAAGACAAAGCAGGUAUGGCAUUCAAAUAGUCAGUUUAGCCAGUAUCGGUUAUUUGACGUUCGUGGUCAGGAAAGGAUAUCCACGACAUCCUCUUCAUACAAUAUGGAAGAAGUUGGAUAUGUUGUACAAAUGUAUGAAAAAUUGGUUGGCUGCUUCUCGGAUGUCAAUUUUACGGGUAGAAUCGGCGUUAUUACACCUUAUCGUCAACAAUUACAUGAGUUGCGCAAGGCUUUUAAAGACAAAUUUGGAAAAACUAUCAUGUCCUCCGUUGAUAUUCAAACUGUAGAUGGUUUCCAGGGCCAGGAAAAAGAUAUCAUUAUCUUUUCUUGCGUCAAAAGUUAUUCAAAGUAUUCAAUUGGUUUCUUAAGAGAUUUUCGUCGUCUUAAUGUUGCCUUGACUCGUGCAAGGAGUUCACUAUUUAUUGUUGGAAAUUUGGAAACAUUGAAAACGGAUAAUCUAUGGGGAAGUUUAGUUGAUGAUGCCUUGCAACGUAAACUAGUUGAAAGUCCUCAUCUGGGUACUGAUGGACAAUUGAUCCCUGUUAAAAAUGCUAGUGAGAAACGCUCAAAACCAACAGAUUUUGAAGAAUCUUCAGGCAAAAAACAAGCUAUCUCUGACGGUAUUUUCUGAAGUAGUACAUAUUACUCUUUAGGUGAGACAUAUUCUCUCGCUGAUAGAAUAAGCUUACCUGACAAAAGCUUUUAUUUUUCUAAAUUAAAUGUAUAUACUUGGAAUUGUGCAAUUUUGAUUCUAGACAUUGAGAAUGUGUAGAGUUUAUUUACCUACGACAAAUAGAUUCAGACAAUUAGACCGGUUAAGGCAUUUACGAUUACUUUGUGGAAUUGUGUAUUGUAAUCUUCAUUAGCUUGAACUUACUACGGAUGGACUCGUAUGGAUUCUAUAAUAAAUUUUAUAAUUGCAAUGGUACUUAAUCAAAUGCAAU